AUGAAAUAGACGCGCAACCGGUCAGGUCUGGUCAGGUCAGGUGGAGAUUCGGAUCCCGGCGGCGACUCCCACCGGCGAGAUGGCACGCGAAUCCGCCUCCGCCGCGGCGGCCGGAGUGGUGCUCCUCCUCGUGGCGGUGGUGGCGUCGGGGGCGCGGCUUCCGGGCGGGAGCGGGGGCGCGGGUAUCCGGGGGCAGCAGCAGCAGCAGCCGCGCGGGGGGGCGACGGCCACGGCGGUGUUCGCGCUGGGAAGCUUCUGGCGGUCGGAGGCCGCGUUCGGGUGCCUCCCCGGCGUGAUCCGCACCUCCGUCGGCUACGCCGGCGGGUCCAAGGCCAGCCCCGAGUACCGCAACCUCGGCGACCACGCCGAGUGCGUCAAGGUCGAAUAUGAUCCCCGAUUGAUUCAUUACAACAAGCUUCUAGAUGUCUUCUGGGCAAGUCAUGAUCCGCGGGAGGUCUUUGGGCAAGGACCAGAUGUUGGCAACCAGUACAGAUCCAUCAUCUUCACAAAUGGAACCAUCGAAGCUAGAUUAGCUGCUCUUAGCAAAGAAAAGGAACAAGCUAAGGAUCGCCAGAGUGUUAUUACCACGCAGAUCCAACCAAUUGGAACAUUUUAUCUGGCUGAACCAGAACAUCAGAAAUUUGAGCUGAAGCGCAAGCAGUUCCUCCUGCAACUGAUCGGGAACCUACCUGAGGAGGAGCUCCUGUCCUCGACACAAGCUGCAAAGCUGAAUGCAUACGCUGCUGAGCUCUGCCCCACAAAUAUCCAGAAUAGAAUAAACUCAAAGAUUGAUGAGAUUGCCAAGAAAGGAUGGCCCAUCCUAAGAGAAAUCUAGCUCAGUGUUCAUGGGUUUUGCCUAUUAUUAUUUCAACAUUGAAAAAAAAAAA